AUGAUUCGCUGUAGCCAGACUUUACUGGAGGCGCUUCGUCGCACAGAACCUGGAUUUCAACGUCCCUGGGCUUCUGGUUUACCCGGUAGUAUUCCGUUUGCCACAGUGGAUUAUCUACUCGCCGUGGAUCGUCAUGAACGGGUUUACAAAUUCGACCCGAUCUCCAACGUGUGGUCAUCAUCGCUCGACGGUGCUCGCCCCACUCCCACGGCACGAAUUUUUCGCAACUCCGCGGAUAUUCCACAUACUCCGGUCCGAUUGUUGGUCUUCACCACCAGUCUGGAAGUGUAUGCGUUCCGUUUGUGCACUUUGGGUUUCUCACUCAAUCCAACAGAUACACGAGGCAAAGAUGAUGCGAAACGCCUAAUGCGUCAAUUUCUUGCCUUGCUUACCGCACGUCUGCAUUAUGUGCGCGCCGGGUCGGGAAUUCAUUUGGCUGAAAACUACCUGACACAACUGUGCGUGCCCAAUUGUGCACAAACUCAAUCGAAUCGGACCCAGGGGCAAACUGUUUCAUCUGCACCCUCGCUAGAUCUGUUUCAACUUUCCCACUCCCAAGGAGUUGAUAACGACAGCUUUCAUGUGAGUUAUACAUGGCUUCGUUGA